GUCCUGCGCGCUAAUCGCUAUCCCGCCGCUAUCUGCGCUAGUAUUCGCUCGUGCAUCGCUCGGACCGGUUUUGCAUGAAUAUCAAGAACCGUCGAAUGCUUCCGAGUUCGGGAAGAGAAAAAACGGAGCGAUUUAUAUCGGAAAAAAUAGGCCGAAUACAAGAACGGAAAAAUACGGCAGAAAAAAUGAGGGACGAAGUGAAAAUGGACGCGAAUCGCUUGAUAGCUGAAGUUUACAAGAGACCGGCCCUCUGGAACCAAAGACACAUUUCCUACCAUAACCGCGAAGUAACUAACCGCGUUUGGAUGGAAAUUGCCACGAUUUUUAAGCUUCCACAACCAGUUCUUAAGGCGAAAUGGAAGGGACUGAGAGACACUUUCCGAGCAGAAUUGAAGAAGGAACAAGUGUACCGAAAGAGUAAAUACCAUAGAAAUCGACCGGUGUGGAUACAUUAUAAGAAUCUUCAAUUUCUGAAGGAACAAAUGUUACCACGACCGCCGAUUUGGGAAAGAAAUAGGCGCGAAAACGUUGAGGAAACCGAUACGAGUGAGAAUGAAAAUCUGUUGCAAGAGGACACUCAGGAGGCACUCUCCGAACACGUCAUGUCAAUAGACGGAAACGACUCUGGUAAAGUGGAUUCUGUAAACCAAGUCGAGGUCAAGCAAGAACCAGAAGAGAAUUUUGAAAACCUUGAGUUUCAAAGUGUCUCAGAAAAUUUCGGUGACAACGAAAUGAUGCUCCAAAAUAUUUCUCCUGAACAAGUUCUAAUGGCUGGAUCAGAUUCGAAUAUCAGUUUGACCGUUGAUCCUUUAGAAGCAAGUCGAUGUGACGAUAAUUACUAUUUUUUAAUGAGUCUACUUCCCCACAUUCGAACUCUACCCGCGGAAAAAAGAAUGUGGCUGCGAAUUCAGAUGCAAGAAUUGGUGUAUAAAGAGGUUUAUAAAAAAAGCAAUGCCGAUGGAGCGGAAUUGACGAAAAGUUCGUGAAUAUUGUUACAAUUUAAGGAGCGAAGACUUUUUUCAUUAAUGUACAUUUUUCACUUUGUAUUUAAAUUAUAAUAUUAGUUCUAAGUCAUGCAUUUCAACGAGCCUUGAUGCAGCUCUAUUUUAUUAUUGUAAUAUAAUUAUUGCAAGUAUUAAAAACCUGAUCUCUCAUACAUCUUUAACAGGAUGUCAUAAACGAGUGUCAUCAUUUGAAAUCCAAUGUCACC